AUUUUAUAUAAUAAUUUAAAAUAUAGUAAAAUUAUUCAAAAAAAAUAUUUCUUGGGCAACGUAAGCAAACUUCACUAAAAGUGGUUUGACCAGUUUUUCAUUCAUUUGAGCAUUUAUUAAUAAAAAGUCCGUUCACUCAUAAAAUUUUGUUUUCACUGAAUCAAAACACUCAAAAUUGUAGCAGGAUAUGCAACUUUAAAUUUAAUUACUUUGAGGCUUGAAGCUGACACAUUUGAAUCAGCUACAAUGAAUGGCAGACAGCAUUUUAAUGUUCCACAAGAUAUCAAACAAAAUCCUCAAUUCUCAUCUGAUCAUAGUCAAAAUUAUUACCUAACUGGUGCAUAUCAACAACAACAAUCAUGUAAUUUGUUGUAUGACUCGGAUUAUAUCCCGGACCCAUCAUCUUCAGAUUUACCUUUAAAUGAAUUCGGAUUAACUGACGACACGCACUCAUAUGGUCGAACACCUGAUAAUUUGUACUAUGACCAUAUUUUACAAAACCAGACACAUGCACCCCAAGAAAAUGAAAGGUUUUAUCAAGCCAAAAACAGAAUUUCUCAGCAGUCGACGGCCACUUCACGGUUAAAACAGCAAUACCAACUAUUACAAGAGGAAAAAAUGCGCAUGCAAAUACAAACUCAAAAUGAUGCUUUCUUACAACAACAACAAACAUUCGCUUUAAGACAACAAUUAAAUCCUCCAGUUCCAUUAUUAUAUCCGCAAAGCCCUUGCGGAAUGUCUACACUGAUGUCACAGCAACAUCCAUUUAAUGUUUCAUUAACAAACACAAACAACCAAUAUUUAUCUUCUCCGGAGGGUAAAUCAGACAUAGAUUAUCAAAGUACUACGCAUUAUAAAACUACAAAAGACCAUAACCCUUAUACACUAAAAGGACAAUCAAAACAUCUUCAGAGUCUUAAUUUGCAAUCACCACAAAAUUAUCAAAUUAUUAUUCAACAAAAUCAUCCUUCAAAAGUUGUAAAUCAAGCAGUUCAAACACAAAUGUCCGAUACUAGUCAAAAAAGUAGCAGCAGUACGUCAAUUACCCCACAAUCACCUUCCCAUAAUAUACUUGAGCGCAGAAAAAGUGAAUCGUUGAAGUCACCAAUUAUCAAGCGUAUAGAUGGUGCUCCUAUUACACUAUCUGGUUACCUACAUAAACAAGGAUCUGAUGGAUUAAAAGUAUGGAAAAAAAGAUAUUUUGUAUUGUCCCAGUAUUGCUUAUUUUAUUACAAAAACGCUGAGCAGGAUAAGCUCUUAGGGUCCGUCUUGCUUCCAAGUUAUUCUAUUUCGCCAUGUAAUUCAGAUGACAAAAUUAAUAAAAAAUAUGCUUUUAAAUGUGAACAUGCAAACAUGAGAACAUAUAUAUUAGCAGCUGAAACACAGGAAUCAAUGGAUAAUUGGAUAAAACAUUUGACUAUGGCAGCAGCAAUGCAAGAUAAUAGCGAACACAAUAAUAUACUAUUAGACAAAACGACUAAUGAUGCUGUACCCCGAAUUUAUCAAUCGUAUGGUUAUUCGGUUCCAAAUGAAACCCAACCUUUAUAUAUUAAUGCUCCACCAAAACCAUCAAGGAAAGUUGGUAGUGAUAUUGUUCAUAACUCUCCCACUAGCCCGGACAAUUCUAUGGUUGAAAUUUAUGAUUCUCCGAAAAAUAGUUUGAACUUUGUCAAUACGCAAGCUAUUUAUGGUUCGCGAAAUGAUACCGUUACAACAAAUAUUCUUAAGACAAACGCUCCUUCCAUUCAACAAAUUUAUCAAAGUCCUCACAAAACGCUCUCACAACAACAACAUUCUUCCUACACAGUUCCAGAAAGGCGUACUCCAGAUCAAUAUUCUACACAAGAUUAUCUUUGCAAUAAAUUGAACUACGAAGAUUUAUAUGGUCAGAACAAUAUAACAAAACAAACUGAAAGCUACCGAAGACCACUGAGUCCACAAAAUACAGUUAAUCAACUUUCUCAGUUGUAUUCAGCAAACGUACUAUUGAGAGAGAAAAGCUCUACAUCAACAGUACCAAGACCUCAUUCAGCGGACAUUCUAGACUAUGAAAAUCGGCUACCAUAUGAGGACCGCCGCACAACUCGACCCAAGUCAAGUUUGGAUAUAAAUAAAGCUUUGGAUCAAUAUUACUAUUCUGAGGCUAGUUAUGCAGAGCAAAUGAGAACAGAAAGUGCAAACUACUUGCCCAAACAAUCUCACCAAGGUCAUUCUCAUUAUACUCAUUCAACACAAGUACAAAAUCAUGAAAAUCGAGCUCGAAAAAUAAAUAAACGAGCUUUAAGACAACAAGAGUUUCUAAGAUCUGCUAGUGCUCGUGUUCCGCGUAAAAUUGAUUUUCCAAUUAAACCUGAAGAGAAUGAUAAAAAACGAGAAGAAUCUAUGAAACGAUUAUUAGAAUGGAAGCAACGAAUGUUACAGUCACCUUUAACAAGGAAAAUUGCAUCACAAACCAACACACUGCCCAUGGAAACUCGUCAGUCAGCAGUGGAAGGGCUAAUGAAAACGACUAUACAUCGAGCAAAAUCAGAAAUUAUUAAAAAAGAAGAUCCUUACAAUAGUUAUUCAUCUGACGAUGAAGCAUCGAUUUCCAUAAAAAAUGUGAAUUUUAUUCCCACAGGGAAUUUGAUAGUAAAGUCAAACAUAACACCAAGUUUCGAAAAAACGGCAAUGUCCAAAAACGAAUUAGGAUUGAAUACAGAUAAACAGAAAAUUAAAGCAGGUGAAUUGCUUAAUCGAACACAUGAAGAACUUGUAUUAUUACUUAUUCAAUUACGGAAGGAAAAUACACUUGUUGUUAGACACAUUGAAAAAUGUUGUACGAAAAUUCAUGAAAUUCAGAACAAAAUUCGUGUUACUGAUGGACCUGAAAAACAAAUGAACUAUUCAAAGCUGCAUCACCUCAAAUCCCAGUUGUCUGAUUUGGAACGAAAAUAUGAAGAAAGCAAACCUUUAGUAAACUUAGUAGAUAACAUGGUAAAAUUGGGCUCAUUAUAUAACAAAAACUCUGACGGUCAAGUAAUCAGUUCGAACAUAAUAGAGCAAAAUCAACGAGAGCAAGAAAGACGAAUGUUUGCAGAUGAAAAACAACAAUGGGAUAGAAUCAGUCCGAAUCCAGUCGAGUUACAAAAUAAAGUUAAACAACUUGAUGAUUUAGAUCAGUUAUUGCAUGAAGAAUCAAGUACUUUGCAAACGCUCCAAAAAAAUAAAGAGGGCAUUGAAAGGGCUAUAUCAGGUCUUCAAUGUCAACUACAGAAUAAUAAUACAUCUAAUGGAGCUCUAGAAGCAGCAAAAAAACAACAACAAGUGCUUGAAGAAGAGUUAUCUCAUGUCCAUAAGCUUUUAGCUGAAAAUUCUAAAAAACUUGAGACUACUGUAAAUAGUAAUAGAAAACUUGAACAAGAAUUAUUGGUUCUUCGUCAAAAGCUUCAAUCUUCAAAAGAAACGAAAAUUUCAAAGGUUAAUAUUGAAGGGGGUAGCAGUACUUACGGUAGCAGCGCAACAGCAAUACUCGAGUCUGAAUUGCGAAGAGUCCAAGUAUUGGUUGCAGAUAUGCAAAGACAGCGACAAGAUCUAAGUUUUGCUGUUCGACAGCUUACAGACAAUUCGAAUUCUUUAUAUGAUCAAUUGAAAAAACGUUCUGAUGCAUGGUCUGAAACAGACUUAGAUGAAAAUAUCAACGCAAGAAAUAAAUCAUUUAAUUAUAGUGACCAGAAUGAACGAAGUUUAACAUCUGAUUUAGAUAUUCAAAGUUUCUCAAACCUCAGUUUACAAGAUAAACAAGAAAUUAAAACUGUUCGAAUUGUAAAGCGUGAAGCAGAAAAGCGACAGAGAGAUCGCGAAAAAACAGAUAAAUCUAUACAAAUCUUAGAUGAUGUAUUAAAAGAAGAACUAAAUGUUCUACAAGAGUAUAACCAAACAAGAAAUCGAUCACAAUCAGGUGACCUUAGCUCCAAAGGCAUCCCAUUAGUAAGCUCUACAAAUCCUUUUAAAAGUAGUUUCGAUCAAUCUGUAAAUUUAGCUGACAAAGAAGAUUAUUCUUAUUUGGUUGAUUUCUCGGAAAACAACAAUCAAGGCGUGACUGUGAAAAGUCAGAAGAAUAAUGUUGACCUAGGCCCAAUAUAUCAAAGUGAAGCUGCAAAACAAAUAAUUACAGAAAUGUCUCAUAACAUGGAUAAUAACGCAGAAACGCAAAGACGCCUUAUACCUAGAGAAAAGAAGAGGCAUAAUACAGUGCCACAUCAUGUGAAUGCAGAGUUUUUAGAAUUAAUGCUUUCAACAAGCGAGCCUAAAAAAAAUGCAAAAAAUUCUCGAGCUUUGGAUGAUAUUGAUAUUGAAGUUGCUCUAAGGCCACGUGUUAAUGCUCCCGAUGUUGUAAAGUCGGCUAUUAGUCAACGUGAAAAAAUUUCAGAAAACACAAUAGAUAAACUAUUUUCUACGCCAGAUAAAAUUUUUAUACCUGAGCGAUACAUUCCAGAAAAUGAAGAAUUAGAGUUAACACCAGAUGAACAACUCAGGCGUAAGGCCAAAGUUGAGUCGAUCAAAAAGAUGUUGAGUGAAACACCAUCCUGUUCGGAUUCACAAACACAGCAGUAUAGUCAAUUGAUGGAAGAGAAAAAACAACGAGAACAUUUACUUCAGCUAAAUCAAAUCAUUGCAAAACAAGUUAUGCAAAUGAGCAAAAUUGUGGCAGAAAGAGCGAUGACUUUUUGUCCAUCUAACAUCGUUGAAUUGCAGAAUGAAAUUUUAUCAGAAGAUGAAGACUCUCCUGUACCACUGCCCAUUUAUCAAAUGAGAGACAAUUUCUUUAGCUAAAUGGUACUUACUUGUCUCGUCCAAGCUUAUUUAUGUAUUUGAAUAAUAUAUACUUAAAAAAUUCAUAUCAAAUUAUGUUUAAGAUUUUUUUUUUCAGUUUAAUCAUGUUAAAUUAUAUCAAUACAUAAUUUUAAUAUCAUGGGCAAUAUCUCCGUCCAACUGAAAAAUAAACAUUUAUUUAAUAAAUAAUAAUUAAUAAAUUUAAAUACCUACUACAUAUAAAUUAUAUUUUAUUGUUUUAUGCGUAGGUGGACAAUUAUGGAUAUAAGAAUUUAUUUUUAUUUAUGUUUAAUAGUUACAUAUAGUUACAUAUCUUCAAUUUAUAAAAAAAAAAUAAAUAAAAUAAAAAUGAAUCUAGAAGCCAAUUAUUACUUUUAAUUUUAAGAAACACAAAGCAAUUAUUACCAUAAGAAAUCAAUAAAAUGAUUUUGAAAUCCAAUU